AUGAUUAUCUUGGGAGCUGUAUCUUUAUUUCUUUACGGGGCAUCGGCAUUUGAGUCUAUCAGGGAUGAUGAUCUGUCCACAUUCGUCACACUUCCCAACCACCGAGCAAUAAAAUGGAAUAUCACUUACCAUGAUCGGUCCUCUGUUGCCCCGGGCUACUGGUUUGUUGCGCCCUAUUUCGCGGCUGAGAGCGAGCCAGCAACGACUAGAUGGAUACCUUCCCAAAUAGGCCCUCAUAUAUUCGAUCAAGAUGGAGAACUUGUCUGGACAGGAUCCAGUGAUUUCAAUGACCGGACUAUUUUUGAUUUCCGCAUGGUUGACUCCAUGGGCGAUGAUCUCCACCUAGCAAUGCUUCUUACCAAAGAAUACGGCAAAUGGGACGAUAAGGGGACGAUAAUUGUCUACGACAACCAGUACAAUCCGUCCCCUGUUGUUCUCGAUCCAGUAGUGGACGUGGAUAUGCAUGAAAUCAAUAUCCAAGAUCCACAUAGAGCCCUUGCCCUGGCCUUUCGAGAAGAGAACCUAAAUAUGGCUUCGUUUGGAUUGCCAGAUUUGAAUAUGAACAUAUGGACGGGCGGAUUUGUUGAAUUUGACAUCACCACCGGAAAAGUUCUUCUUUUAUGGACCUCGCAAGAUGCAAUCUCCCCGGACGAAUCUGUUGCUUUCAACCCGUAUCAAGAGCAACCGAACACUGACUUUAUGCACGUCAACGCCAUCGACCGGAAUAAGAAUGGGGACUACAUGCUUUCUGCAAGGCAUACAAACACCCUCUAUUUCAUCUCUGGACAAGAUGGCCGCAUCAUGUGGAGACUCGGAGGGAAAAGGAGCGACUUUGCGCAGGAUUUCGAAUUUUCUUAUCAGCAUGAUGCGAAAUUCAUCUCGGCCAACGAUACGCAUAUCACCAUAUCGUUCUUGAAUAACGGCGCUGAGGACAUUAUCAUCAACGAGCCAACCUCAUCGGCCAUGUACGUCGAGCUUGAUUUGACCACGAUGAAAGCCACGCUCCUGAAUCGAUACACUCGACCCGAUCACGAAAGCACCAGGAAAAGAGGAAACAUGCAAACUCUACCAAACGGCAACGUCUUAGUCGGGUGGAGCGAGUUCGGAUACAUGAGCGAGUUCACCCACGACGGAAGGCUCCUCAUGGAAGCCAGAUUUGUGUCUGAGAGGUUCAGUACCUACCGCGCCUACAAGUUCCCCUGGCGAAGCCGUCCAUCAUACCCGCCAGUUCUCGUGGCAUCAUGUCACGGCGUGAACGGGACAGCUCUGUCGACAACGUUCCAUGUUAGUUGGAAUGGUGCUACCGAGGUUAAAUACUGGCGUUUCUUCACUCAGGCAAAUCUGACCGGUCCGAGUGAGCAGAUCGCCAUCAUACCCAAGAAAGGCUUUGAAACUUCGUUCGCUGCACUUGGGUACCUGGACCUGGUCUCUGUGGAGGCGCUGGAUAUGAAUUUCCAAGUUCUGGGACAAUCCGCGACUGUUCGAACCCAGCCUCCGGUGUACUGGCCUGAGGGUGUGGAAUUACUCAAACCGGAUGACGCUGCAGCUGUCGCUGUUGAUGAUUCAACAUCGACGCGAAAGACCCUGACUUUUAUUGGCCUUUUUGUGGCUGGUUUCCUUACUAGUACAUCUGUGUACUUGAUACUCAGUAUGUACCACCCGACAUUCCGACGUUAUCUUCGACGUACAUAUUCGAGGGUUCAGUCUGAAGAUACAGACGAGGGACUGGGUCUGCUCAAUGUGAAAGAUUGA